CCACUGACAAACAAGAAGGCUUUGUGUCAUUUGGGUAAAUGAGUUAGCCGGUUCAUCGACCCCGUGUUGAAAUAGGCCCGCUGGACUUUCUCCUCCUCCAGAGAGAAGCCCGCACAGUCACUGACGGAAACUCGCUCGGCUCCAGCAAGGAGAGCGCGCUAUUCCCAAAUGACCAUGCAGGCGGCUUUCUUCCCAUUCCUCUUGAUUGCCGCCCGUGUGUCUAUAUCGGUGGAUUGUAAGUCGAGGUUCGAGGAUCGGAGCGUGAUCUUGAACUCGGGAACGCGUGCAGACGCAUCAGCCGGCAGGACGCGUUACUACAUGCGGCCAAGCGCUGGAUCCAUGAAGCAAAGUUUCUUUCUGGUUGCUCUGCCAUUAAGGAGACACAGGAGCAACUUUGUGUCCAUACUUGACUUGAGAAGAAAGCGCUUCGUGUGCAUGGACUCUCGGGGGGAGCUGUACAAUUCUAGGCAAAAGAACAGCAACCGCUGUCUCUUCAGCCGCAUUGCUUCCAUCGGUGCAAACCGGCGUGGAAGUCUGUUUCUUCUCUCCCACCCGGAGUCACGGGAGCUGGCCUCCGUCUUCCUAAAGCGCUUCCUGGCCCCCUUGGUGAGGAGACAGAGGAGAAGCGAGGAGGUGAACCCGUCCGACCCGUUAAGAUCCGAAUCGCUUCCCUCGCAUUCCGUGAAGGAGCACAAAGAUUCGGAGCACGGGCAGCCGGAACCGGACCAGGCGGGAGCCGUAUCAAAAGAGACCAUCUCCUCCUGCGACGACCCCUUAAAGGUCUUGCACACCAACGGGCCAGUGAGUCCUGUCAAGACCAUUAUAGAAGACCUAGCGGAACAAGACUGACUUCAUGAACUUGGGCAAAUAUCUUUUCAAGUGAAAGAACAGACACUGGAACGUCGGUCCGUUCCCGGGAGGUGGUCAAAACUAUUUUUCCUAUCGAAAAAAAUCUGGUCCAGGGUCAAACUGUCCCCACCAUAAAACCUCAGCUAUUUUUUCCCCCCAGUCAGAUAUUUAACAUUCUUAAGACAGUAACUGCUGUUAUUUGAAAAAUGUUUUGAAAAAAAAGCCAACAUUACACAUUACAAAUGAGAAGUUAAGCACUAAAAUAAAAAUAAAAAAACCCACCCAAAACAAAAAGAGCAAGUGGUUUUGAUGUUGACACUGGAGCCACUUCAGUUGUAUGGAACACCCUUCGUUGAGGCUGGUCCUUCUUUUGGAAUAAGUGUUGCAGUCAAUCCAUUAAUGAUCCCGGAAUGGAAGUUUUGUGAGGUACACAGAGAACUUUUUUUUUUUUUUUUUUUUUUUUUUUCAAAGCCUAUUUUUCAGCCAAAUUUGGGCCGCGUCCCAACUUAUAUGACCUCAAGGACGGUCAAUUUACUUCCCAACCCACUGCCAUUCAUCCAUUUGCAAACCGCUGAUGAGUCCAAUUGUCGUGGCAACAAUGAAGCAUUUCCUGAUCCAAGAAAUGCAAUUUUCCCAAAUCUAGCAGUCGAGUGACGACGGUGCGGUGACAAAAUGGGAGGGAUUGUUUCAAAAAACAUUGGAUGGCGCCAUGUGGCAGGUUCGGUAUAGCACUCAGCUGUCCCUGUAACCUCCUUUUGUCAGUUAAACUUUAAACCACAGGCAAUGUGUGUUUUGCAUAUGGAAAAUGCAUCAUCUUUAUGAGCAAUUUUGGCAUUUUGUUUCAAUGUGUGUUUUUUUUUUUUUUUUUUUAAAUGCUUCAUGUUUAAUUCUUUAGAAUCAGCUGGUGUGUUCGCAGCCAUUCAUGUCAGGUGCCGGACACCAAGUCAUACAAAUGAUAAAGGUAUUUAUUUAUUGAAUUAUGCAAGAGGACUUCUAAUAUUAUCAAGUGUUUUUAUUUAUAUUGUUUGUUAUUUUCAAGUGGAUGAAUAAAGUAACUUUUCAAGGA